AUGUUGCAUCUAAACUCCCCAUCCCGCUCAUCCCCUUUCAUCCCGCUCAUCCCCGUUACAGGCUGGCUCUCUCUGCACUGGAAGGCCACCAAGGGCAAACACAUCCACUUCGCCAUCCAAGCGCGCCCGGGAUCCGCGGCGCACAAGGCGGGCUGGUUCGCCGUCGGCUGGUCGCCCAACGGCGACAUGGGCGGCAGCAACGUCGUCGCGUACGAGACGGGCACAGGCACCGCGUCGCCGUACGAUCUCCAGGGGGAAUCCGCCGCCGUCGCCGCCACGUCGUGGGCGCCGGGCUCGCUGGAUGUCACCACCGGCAAGAAGGGCGGAACUAUCGUCAAGUUCACUCGCUCGGCCAGUGACGGAUCAUCCGUGAAGGUGCGGAACAGCGGGGGUGCCCACGUCGUGUUCGCGUACGGCCCCGACUCUAAUGUCGCCAUGCACGCUGAUGCGGAACACACGGUGCUUGACUUCUCAUGUGGCUGCGGGUUUCUCAGGAACGGCUGCUGA